GAAGUGAGCGCAACUUGACCGCUGCUGUUCGAAGAGUUCGAAGACCGAGCGAAACUGAGCCCAACAAAACGAAAACAGACCGGCACAUUUCAUUCACAUUUGCUUACGGACUCAUUCUUAUCAACGGAGGUAGAAUGACACUACCGAAAUGAAGGCUGCUGUGGUGAUAAUGAGCAAUUCUUCUUGCUCCAUCGUGGUCAUCUCUACAUGUUAUGAAUCCUAGCACCUCCUAUGCUCAGUUUGUGGGUCAGUCUGCUGCUGAUGACCUCAUGGAUGAUUGGGUCUUCUUCUCUACUGAAUCGGCUCCAUCUCAGGGCCUAGAAGAGAGCAGGGAUGAUCAGGAGGUAGAGGACACAGGCAGAUUCAAAGACAAGUUGGUCUCAGCAUGGAACAGCGUCAAAUACGGCUGGACCUUGAAGCAAAAAUCCAAAUUUAGCAAGCGCUCUCCUGUGUUCAUGCUGGGGAAAUCCUAUGAGCUCAAAGAUGAAGGAGAGCAACAGCAUUUUCGUCGCUGCUUUGCAUCGCUCCUGUGGUUUACAUACAGACGGGGUUUCCGUCCGCUCCCCGGCUCCUCUCUGACCACCGACAGCGGUUGGGGUUGUGUUCUACGCUCCAGCCAGAUGCUGCUGGCACAGGGCCUGCUACUGCAUCUGAUGCCACCAGGUUGGACCUGGUCUGGGAACCAACGUGUGGUCAAAGAUGACAUGGACCUGAUUCACUCUGUGAACGAUGGAUUUAGUUCGAGUGAAAGGGAAAGCAAGAGAAGUCGACAUUUGAGCUGGGGGUCCAUCCUGGACAGACCCACGGAGGGUACACCCAGAAGGAUUUUACGCUGGUUUGCAGACAACCCCACAGCUCCCUUUGGCAUACAUCGGCUUGUAGAACUGGGCAAAAGCUCAGGGAAGAAGGCUGGGGACUGGUAUGGUCCAUCCAUUGCGGCACAUAUCCUCCGGAAAGCUGUGGAAGCUGCAGUAGUGGACCUUCCCAAUCUAGUUGCGUAUGUAGCACAAGAUUGCACCAUCUACCUGCAGGAUGUGAGGAAGUUGUGCGAACGGCCUCCCCCUCAGCACUGGAAAUCUGUCCUCAUCCUGGUUCCUGUGCGUCUUGGCGGACAAGAUCUCAAUCCAUCCUACAUCACCAGUGUCAAAAAACUCUUGAUGUUGGAGUGCUGCAUCGGGAUCAUUGGCGGCAAACCAAAGCACUCUUUGUUCUUCGUUGGCUUCCAGGAUGACCAUCUGCUCUACUUGGACCCUCAUUACUGUCAGCCCACAGUGGAUGUAACAAAGAACUUUCCCUUGGAGUCGUUUCACUGUAAGAAUCCCAGGAAAAUGCCUUUCUCUCGCAUGGACCCCAGCUGCACCAUCGGAUUUUAUGCAAAAGGACAAAUGGAGUUUGAGUCAUUAUGCACAAGUGUUAAUGAGGCUGUCUCAGCGUCUGCAGAGACAUACCCCAUGUUUAUAUUUGAAGAAGGAAAAACACGGGAGGAAGCGAGAGCAAACACACCCACGCACAGCGUCACCUUCCUACAGAGGAAGACCCAACUGGGAAGAGUUGAUACAAGCAACAGCAUGGACGAGUUUGUUCUAUUGUAAACAUAAAAAGAUCAUCUCUGCCCUGAUGGAGGGCCUUCACUGAAUUAUCAACAUAGCAUUUUGCACUUUUUGGAAAUUACUGAGCAUAAGAACAUUGUCCUCAUCAUUCACACGCAGUGAGGUAGAUGGACUCCUUAGUAGUUUCAUGGGAAGUGGUUAUGCAUCGCUACUGAGAAUGUUAUAUUUUAUUGCAGUUUGUAUUUAUUUUUAAUUUUUAGAGGUAAAUACUUUAAUUUCAUCAGCUCUCGUCAUCCUAAUUGACUUGAGAUUAGCCAAAUAUCCUUGAGGUCAUGUCCCUGUCUGCUACACUUCAAGUCAUCUGUGAUUGAUUUCGCACAAGUGAAUAGAUGAAUUUUUCUUGAAAGGGUUUUAUAAAGUUACAUAGAGAUACUCUCACUGGAAAAUGAUGAAGUUUACUGAAAAUGUUAUUGGCUAGCUUGUUUUUUGCAGUCUAAAUAAAUUAGGAAUGAGAAAAUUAA